GGGGCGGGGUGAGGGCGCCCAGGGGCUGCGGAACUGCCCGAGUCUGUGCAGAGACCGGACUCACCGCCGCUCCAGACUCUCCUGUUGGAGCACGGCUGCUCCCCAGUGCCAGCCCCUACCCCGCGGGGCGCAGGGCAGAGACACCCUGCUUUUCUGGGUAACUGGGCGAGCCUCAUGCUUCUCUGCGCCUGCGCCUUCCCAUAUGUAGCCUGAGGGUUUGGGCAGUGGUUUGCAGCCAAAGCUCUCGAAUUCCGAAGAGGACGGACGGGUCUUUAAAAGUUCUCCAUUCCCCGGCGCGCCUGGGGAUGCACGCCCGGGAUCCCGGCAGAUGGGCGCCUGGAGCUUGAGGAUCACGUGGUUCGGGAAGAGUCCGAGCAGUGAGGGGGCGGCGGGAUGGACAAGUUCCUGCUGAGGCCAGACCUGGACGACCUCCAAGGAGGAGGGGAGGAGCCCGCCCCGACAGGAGAAGCCUCGGACAACCUGCAGAGCCCCGGCUGGCGACACCUUCGAGCGGAAGGUCUGAACUGCGAUUAUACCAUCCUGUUCAGCAGAGUCGAGGCAGACAAGAUCUUCCGAGAGUUGGAGCAAGAAGUGGAGUAUUUUACCGGUGCACUGGCUAAGGUCCAGGUGUUUGGAAAGUGGCACAGUGUUCCCAGGAAGCAGGCGACCUAUGGAGAUGCUGGCCUCACGUACACGUUUUCUGGCCUUACCCUGACUCCAAAGCCCUGGAUUCCUGUUCUAGAGCGUGUUCGAGAUCGAGUCUGCAGGGUGACGGGACAGACCUUCAACUUUGUGCUCGUGAACAGGUACAAAGAUGGCUGCGACCACAUUGGGGAGCACAGAGACGAUGAGCGAGAACUGGCCCCGGGGAGCCCCAUUGCGUCUGUCUCCUUUGGUGCUUGCAGAGACUUCCUCUUCAGGCACAAAGACUCUCGGGGGAAGAGGCCCCAGAGGACAGUGGAGGUGGUCAGGCUGCAGCUGGCCCACGGAAGCCUGCUAAUGAUGAACCACCCCACCAACACCCAAUGGUACCACAGCCUCCCCAUCCGCAAGAGGGUCCUGGCUCCUCGGAUCAACUUGACUUUUCGGAAAAUUUUACCUACCAAGAAAUAAAACGUCUUUAUUAUUUUUAUUUGUGUGUGCCCAGGAAGGCCAGAGGUGCCAGAUCACCUGGUACUAUAGUUACGGGUGGCUGUGGGUUGUUCAACACAGGUUCUAAUUGUGGAGACUAAUCUGCCCAGCCCCUAAAACCCAUUUUUAAUAAUCAGUGCUCUGUGUUUUCUUUUU